CUGGAAAGGUUUGUGUGUGUUAAUUAUUAGGGGUCUGUUUAAAACCAGACCUAACCGUUUUAGGGGGCACAGUCUGUCAGUAGAGCCAGAGGGACAGGGUUCGCCAGGAGUCUCACAUACACACUUAAACAUCCAGCCUCUGAACCGGUCAGUGGGCUUCGUCUGAUACAGUCUCUCCUCAAGAUCCAACAGAGACUCCACUACACACAACUACAGGAGAGGAGGAGGCCAUGGCUGGAAGGAGCAGAAUGUCGUUCUCCGGUGUGUUCACGGCUGCUCUGCUGGCCACCAUACUGCUGCCUGAAUUCCUGUCGGCAGGGCCGUUGUUCCAGAAGUUCAAUGGACAUGUAGGGGAUGCCACUGAAGAGACAGCGGUUGCCAUGGCAUCGGCAAGGAGGCUUGUCCGUAACCGUAGAAACAUCAGCUGGUACAAGCAACACUCAGACUUCUGGAGCUGGUACAAAUACUUCACGGACAAUGGAAACACGGAGGCAGUCCAGGAGCUGGACAGGGUCUACCUGGCCUACCUCCAAAAUAAGAACCGUGCUGAGGGACGUCGCUCUUAUAAGGCCUACCUGGGCCACCUAGGGGACAUCUACAAGGCUUGCGCCGACUCAGAGGACCCAAACUGCGUGGCCUCGGCCACUAGCCGGCAGAAACCUGAAACCCCCAAGGCCCCUCCUAAGCCAGCCCCUGUCAAGGCCUGUGACCCCUACAGGGACCCAUAUUGUCUGUAUGCUGCCAAGAGCCAGCCCCCACCUGCCCCUGGCCCGGUCAAGGCCCCAGCCCCCCUUUAUGUGCGCUCCCCUGUGGCUGUUAAAGAACCUCAUUCUGGGCACUACUACUCCCCCGCUGUGCAGCCCUUCCUAUCCAAGGAGCAGAAGGCAGAGCUGCUGCGUAUCUGUUCAGCGGAGGACGUGGAGUGUCUCCAGUACCACCUGAGAGCUGCUUUCGGCCACAAUCCCUCCGCUGGGCCCCUGCCCUCCUACGCCCACCUGGGCUGUGACCCGAAAGACCCCACCUGUAAACCCCAGCUGGUCCAAAAAGCUCCCUCCGGCCUCUUCCUCCGUUACCCCAACUGUGACCCCAGAGACCCUCGCUGCGCCUACGCUGCAUCCCUACAGGCACCCCGUGCCCCUGCUCCCCCCGCCCCGGCGGGUCCUGGUUCCUGCAACCCUCUGUUUGAGGACGGUUGUAACCCUCUCACCGCAACCAAGUACGCCACGGCACCAGAGGAGUUCAAGGAAGAACACAAAGAUGAACCCGCAACGGAGCGCGCUACGCCCCCAGCUCCCGAGCAACGCAGCGACCCAUUCGCUAUGUACAGGGAUGCUUAUGCUAACGCUAAUGGUAACCGCCAAGGCAGUGCUCCAAGCUCUCAAGCUAGUGACACAUAUGCCAUGUACCGCCAAGCCAGUGCUCCCAGCGCUCAAGCUAGCGACCCAUAUGCCAUGUACCGCCAAGGCAGUGCACCCAGCGCUCAAGCUAGCGACCCAUAUGCCAUGUACCGCCAAACCAGUGCUCCCAGCGCUCAAGCUAGCGACCCAUAUGCCAUGCACCGCCAAGGCAGUGCUCCCAGCGCUCAAGCUAGUGACCCAUAUGCCAUGUACCGCCAAGGCAGUGCUCCGAGCGCUCAAGCUAGCGACCCAUAUGCCAUGUACCGCCAAGGCAGUGCUCCCAGCGCUCAAGCUAGCGACCCAUAUGCCAUGUACCGCCAAGGCAGUGCUCCAAGCUCUCAAGCUAGCGACCCAUAUGCCAUGUACCGCCAAGGCAGUGCUCACAGCGCUCAAGCUAGUGACCCAUAUGCCAUGUACCGCCAAGCUAUCGCUAAUGCUCAAGCUAACGACCCAUACACCAUGUACAGGCAGGCUAAUGCUAACGAUCCCUUAGCAAUGUACCGUGAAGCUGCGGCCUCCAUGCACAGACAUGUCCCCCCCUCCCCGCUGCAGCAGGCCCCCGCCCCCCCUCCCCGCUAUGAGGAGCCUCCACAGGAGGAUCGCCACCCGCUGGGCCCCCGGGGAAAGACCAAGGAGGGCUAUGAAUGCUUCAUCGGCUACGACCAGGAGUGCUACCCAAUAGCCCGUGCAGAGCCGCGUUCUGGCGCCCACCAUAACACCGCUUACCCCGCCGAGCCCUACGAGCCGCAUCUCAAUGCCGAUGGAUCACGGAACGGAGUUCUGGAGCCUUCUGACCCCGACUGUGACCCGGAGUACGACACCAACUGCCGCCUGCGUCGCUACGAACCCCGGGAGGAUCUGCUGCCAGACGCCAAUGCCCAGGCUGAACACCAGAGGGAGCCACAGCACAGCCAGGACCAUAGCUACAACCAGGGGGAGCCAGAGAGAGAAAGCGAGGCAGAUUCAGAGCCAUACCAGAGUGGCCAGGAGGAGACCUACGGGGCUUACCCCCCUCCCUCGCAGGGGCUGUCAUACGGGUCCUACCCCUCACCCCAGCAGAGAAUGCCCAGCUUUCAGGACAUGCUGAGAGGAUAUCGAGACCAGUACACUGAACAGGAUAACCACAGAGCAUACGCUGCUGACUUCCGCCAAAAAUAAAUACACACAUAUACACAUACAUGCAUGCAUGCAUAUACACACACACACACACACACACACACACACACACACACACACACACACACACGUGUAUGUGACAAAUACAAUUUGAUUUGAUUACAUACAUAGACACACACUGACUAUGCCAUGAAGACUACAGCAACAAAACGAACCAACACACCAGCCAAAAACAGGAGCAGAUGACGUGGGACACUAUAUUUAAUACAAAACAAUAAAAGACUGAAUGAAGUCUGACACACACACACACGUCACAUACGCACGAACAGGCACACACACACACACACACACACACAUAGUAAUGUGCUGUUAGCAGUAGAAGCAGGAGGAGUUUCUCUUCACUAGCUAUUUUAUCUGUCAGUUUGAUAGCUUUUAUUCAUUGAUUAAUUGACAGUUGACGAUUGAUCCCCUCAUUCUCACUGGAAUAUUUAAUACAUUCUUGCAGCUCUGCUUCACCUCUGUAGCUACAAACUUCACAUUAUUUUUGUUUGUUUUGUGUAUGAUGUAAAGUUUUUUUACACUUUGAAUGUUUUAAAUAAAAGCUUUGAAAAACA